AGGAACCUAUCUACCAAUUUAUUUUUCCCCAAUGAGAAAAUUCUCUUUAAGUUUCAUUCUAUAUAUUAUCUGAAAUCCACAGAAAUGUACUUAAGAAUAAUCAAAUUAAUGUCACUAUAACAACCUUGCAUGUUCAUCAUUAUUGUUUGUUGAUGCCCAUAAGAAACUUGUAACUUCAUUUAGUGCCUAAUUGGUUUUCAUUUCUCUAUAUAAAACAUCUCCAUGCUCUCUCUAUUCCCCAUCUUUUCCAUUGAAUUGAUAUUAAGCAAAAACAAUAUGGAAGUAAAGAAAGUUUUUUUUGUUGCUCUAUCCUUUGCUUUGGUUCUGAGAGUUGCUGAGAGCUUUGAGUUCAAUGAAAAGGACCUGGAAUCCGAGGAAGGGUUGUGGGAUUUGUACGAGAGAUGGAGGAGCCACCACACGGUUUCUCGAAGCCUCGAUGAGAAGCACAACCGCUUCAACGUGUUCAAAGGCAACGUGAUGCAUGUCCACAGUUCCAAUAAAAUGGACAAGCCUUACAAGCUGAAGUUGAACAGGUUCGCUGACAUGACCAACCAUGAAUUCAGGAGCAUCUAUGCUGGCUCCAAGGUUAAUCAUCACAGAAUGUUCAGAGGCACGCCACGUGGGAAUGGUACUUUCAUGUAUCAGAACGUUGACAGGGUUCCUUCUUCCGUAGAUUGGAGGAAGAAAGGUGCUGUCACUGAUGUAAAGGAUCAAGGCCAAUGCGGUAGUUGUUGGGCGUUUUCAACUAUUGUAGCUGUUGAAGGUAUUAACCAAAUCAAGACACAUAAGCUAGUUCCCUUGUCUGAGCAAGAACUUGUAGAUUGUGACACUACACAAAAUCAAGGAUGCAAUGGUGGGUUAAUGGAAUCUGCGUUCGAGUUUAUCAAGCAAUACGGUAUAACUACAGCAAGCAAUUACCCUUAUGAAGCAAAAGAUGGAACUUGUGAUGCAUCAAAGGUGAAUGAACCUGCAGUGUCAAUUGAUGGCCAUGAGAAUGUCCCCGUGAACAAUGAGGCCGCAUUGCUCAAAGCUGUUGCCCAUCAACCUGUAUCGGUAGCCAUUGAAGCUGGGGGAAUUGACUUCCAGUUCUAUUCAGAGGGAGUAUUUACGGGAAACUGUGGCACUGCUCUGGAUCAUGGGGUAGCAAUUGUGGGCUAUGGAACAACUCAAGAUGGAACCAAAUAUUGGACAGUGAAGAACUCAUGGGGAUCCGAAUGGGGAGAAAAGGGUUACAUUAGAAUGAAAAGGAGCAUAUCUGUCAAGAAAGGUCUUUGUGGCAUAGCAAUGGAAGCUUCCUAUCCAAUCAAAAAGUCCUCUAGCAAACCAAGGGAACAUUCAUCAUAUCCUAAAGACGAGCUUUAAAUAUUUCACAUGAAUAUUCAACCUUGAUCUACGUUGAUUGUUGUUUAAUUUGCUUGUGCGUAAGGGAUUGCUUCGUGCCCCCUAAUUAAUAAUAUUUGUAUGCCUAGUUAUCCAUCAAAUUGUUAGGUUUGUAUCACAUAAAUCUUUUAGUUUGAUUGCUUGCAUACUACUGUAACAUUUCAAAUAUCCUGAUUUCUACUAAAGAAAUACAAAUCACACUGAUUUACUGCCUAGGCC